AUGAAUGCACUAAGUGAAAAGCUUUUAGCUAUACAAGGAACGGGAAAUUGCGCGGAUCCACUGAAGAACGAUUGCGAUGUGAAUGCAGAAUGUAUCGAUGUGAGUCUUGGGAGACAUGUCUGUACUUGCGGUGUUGGUUACAUCGGUGAUGGACACAUUUGCGAUGGUAAGCAGCUCUCUUUUCUGAUUUCGCAGAAUUUGCAUUUAAUCACACUCACGUUACAGUUCAUUCAGGCAAGUCAUACAAGAAUAAGCACAGAAGUUGCAUCCGUUUUAUUUCAUAAUAUAAUUCAUCGACGAACAGAGACUUAUCGGCAGCCAUGUUAG